UUUAAUCCUCUCUCUUACACUGUAUUAAAAAGGAGACACAUUCACAAAUGUUCAUGCACUCUUCCCAAAGACACUCAAAGCUCUUACACUUAGCAACCAGAAACACAAGAGGAAGUGAUCUCGUUGAACCGUCCGAUAAAUGUGCCUUCAAAAUAAAACAUGAAACCUACUUCCUGUGUUUCUCAGCUCUUCCCCCAACACUUGAGCUGCAUUUCCCCCUUACAUGAACAUUUUUAAACGCCCAAUUCCUUACAUCAGUAAUAGCGUUGAAAACAACGAAAAAAAAGAAUAAAUGCCAGAGCACGUGCUGUCUUUCAAAAUAAUAGUGAACUCCACACUUUGUCUCUAUUAUGACGCACAAAAUCAUACCAUUACACAGGCACGGAGAGAACAUGCAAACUCCACACAGGCGGCCCGGGAUUUAACCCGGGACCUCAGAACUGUGAGGCCAACGCUUUCCAGCUGACCCACCGUGCCGCCGAUUGUAAUUAUUAUCUUUGAAAAAAAUACACAUCAUUCUCUUUUCACCGAUUGUUUAAAAGGUGACGCACAAAAACGUAACAAACAAGUCGUAAUACUGUAAUUUAAAAGUAAAUGGGUAAAAUUUCUCAUACAAUAUCCUUUUCUGUGGUGAGUAUGUCCACAAUUUAUACAUCGUUAAACAUCUGAACACAAUCGUGUGGUUGGAGCGAUAAUGUUACAGUUGAGUAAAAGAGACUUAAAAUUUGUGCAAAUGAAAGCGUUAUCGCUGCCAUAUACCUUGGUCAGUUUAAAGCUGGACACCAUAGAGCAGCAUGACUUCCAAUAACACACCAUCAAGACUAAAAGAUAGAUUACAGUAAUUACCGAUCAAAUUGAAAAAAAAAAGACCACUGGGUUUGCUAAUGCGAAGGAACACUUGAUAUUUUGAUAUCUUGUUCGUUGUGCUGACUGCAAAUAUUAUGUAGAAAUGUUUUACUGAACAACAAAUUAUCUCAUUAAUGUUUCGCUUUAUUCAGGGUUAAAUCUAACCUCAAUAAAAAAAAAUGGCUGCAACAUUAAAAAAAUAAAACAUUUCCAAAAACUUAUGCUCCGACUUGAGCAAAGCACAGUUCGUAGCUGUGUAAUUUUCGUGCUGAUGCGUGCUUUUCCUGUGAAAUGAGGUACAAUCCAUUGGUUACCCGAAAGCAGGUGACGUCUAUAAACGCAUCACAUAUGAAAAAUUUAGCUCCUUUUGAUUUGCUAUUAGAUAUAAAACCGCCCCCUAAAAGCCCCGCAUCUUGUGAUUGGCUAUCACUUCCACAUGAACGCGAUGCUUCCUGAUGAACUCCAAAUGGAACAACCGUGCUCUUUUUAAACCAGAUCUGCGGUGGGAAAUUUGCCGUACGAGUCAAAAUGUUACACAGGAGCGACUGCUACCUGCUUUACAUCGUCGUGCUCUACCUUUCGGUCACCGCGACGUGUAAAUUCUCCACUUUGGAUCACUUGAAGUCGCAAGCCAGCGACAAGAAGCAAGGCAGAGCUGUGGCGGAGUUGCUGAGACGCCUGCUCGGGAACAGAUCUGCAGAGUUCGUAGUCCUCGUCAACAGGAGCCUCUCCAACGACAGCCUGGAUGUGUGUGAGCUCAGAUCGACCAAGAACAACAAGAUCGUCGCCACGGGCAAUAGCGGCGUGUCCGUUGCCUCUGGGAUUUACAACUACUUGAAAUACUUCUGCAACUGCCACGUUUCCUGGUCCGGUGAUCAAUUGGAUUUACCCCGUCCUCUUCCGAAACUCUCCGGUGUCCUUCGCAUUAACACUCAGCACAGGUUCCGCUACUACCAAAAUGUUUGCACCUUUAGCUAUUCCUCUGUGUGGUGGGACUGGCCAAGGUGGGAGAGAGAAAUAGAUUGGAUGGCGCUGAAUGGAAUCAAUCUUCCAUUGGCUUUCACUGGCCAAGAAGCCAUUUGGCAAGAGGUGUACCGAGCUCUUGGUUUAAACCAAUCAGAAAUCGAAGAAUUCUUCGCCGGUCCGGCCUUUCUUGCCUGGAACCGAAUGGGAAACAUGUUCGAGUUUGGCGGACCUCUGCCACAGUCCUGGCAUGUGAAUCAGCUGACCCUCCAAUUUAAAAUCUUGGAGCGAAUUAGAUCAUUUGGCAUGAUUCCAGUGCUGCCAGCCUUCUCUGGGAAUAUCCCCAAGGGAAUCCUCAGGUUGCAUCCAGAGGCAAACGUAACAAGAUUGGGGCCAUGGGCUCACUUCAACUGCAGUUACUCGUGCUCCUAUAUCUUGGACCCUCGGGACCCACUUUUCCUCCAGAUUGGUUCCCUCUAUCUUUCCCAGGUGAUCAAGCAAUUUGGAACGGAUCACGUUUACAACACAGACACCUUCAACGAGAUGAUUCCACCUUCCUCAGACCCCGCUUACCUGUCUGCUGUCAGUAGAUCGGUAUUUGCCUCAAUGACCGCUGUUGAUCCUCAGGCAAUUUGGCUGAUGCAGGGAUGGUUGUUCUUUAGUGCUGCAACUUUCUGGAAACCUGCCCAGAUUCAGGCCCUACUACACGGCGUGCCCCUUGGACGGAUGAUCGUGCUAGACUUGUUUGCGGAGACGGAGCCAAUUUUCUCCUACACUGAGUCUUUCUAUGGGCAGCCUUUCAUCUGGUGCAUGCUGCAAAACUUUGGUGGCAACAGUGGUCUCUUUGGCACAGUGGAAAGUAUAAACUCUGGACCCUUCAAAGCCUUGCAUUUUCCGAACUCCACCAUGGUUGGCAUAGGUAUGACACCCGAGGGUAUUGAGCAGAAUCCAGUCAUGUAUGAGCUAAUGAGUGAAUUGGCAUGGCGCAAGGAGCCGGUCAACUUGGUUAAGUGGGCGUCUCUGUAUGCUAUACGGCGUUAUGGCACCACCCAAGACAGUCUCAUCACCGCAUGGAGACUCCUUUUUUCCAGUGUCUACAAUUGCACUCUGCCACAUUAUCGAAAUCAUAACCACAGCCCACUGGUGCGCCGGCCAUCUCUUCACAUGAACACUGACCUUUGGUACAACCCAGCGGAUUUGUUCAAUGCUUGGAAACUCAUUAUUGAAGUGUCCCCUUCUCUCAUGUCCAAGGAAACCUUCCGGUAUGAUCUUGUUGAUGUUACUCGGGAGGUUUUACAAGUUCUGACAACAUCGUUUUACCUGGAUAUUACAGAUGCCUUUCAUAAACAAAAGUUGCCCGAACUGCUAAUUUCAGCUGGGGUCCUCAUAUAUGACCUUUUGCCAGAACUCAAUCGUUUGCUAUGUAGUGAUCGCAAUUUCCUGUUGGGGAAAUGGCUGGAGCAGGCCAAAUCUUUAGCUAUUGAUGAGGAGGAGGCCCAGUUAUAUGAUAUGAAUGCGAGGAACCAGCUCACUCUAUGGGGCCCUAGCGGUGAAAUCCAAGACUAUGCCAGCAAAGAGUGGGGAGGCCUCAUGGAGGACUACUACGCCCAACGGUGGGGCCUAUUUGUCCAAACACUGGUGAAGUGUCUGGACAGUGGGCAGCCAUUCAAGCAAGAUGCAUUCAACCAGGCAGUUUUCCAGGUGGAAAAGGGAUUUAUUUAUAAUGGUCGAAAAUACCCCACAAAGCCUCAAGGUGACACGUACGAGAUCACCCGUAGGAUCUUCCUAAAGUAUUACCCACAGGCCUUGAAAAGACUAUUAUGAUCAGCAGAGAUUUCGAUAAAUGUGUGAAGCAGUAUCCCAAACUGAAGAAAAUCAGGUUUUUGUCCUUCCAAUUAACUCUUUCCUGAAAUGCAGUAAGAAAUAUUUUCCUGCCACAUGCCCAUAAGUCAUAAAUGAGGGAAAGUAUGCCAACCACCCUGAUUUUACACUAACAAAAUUCUGGUUGGCACUAGACUGGUGUAUUCCAUUUCCACGCCACAGUUCGUGGUUGACAAUUGAGAAUUGCUGCAUUUGUAUUCAUGCUAUCGUACUGCAGUAUGGUACUGUGGUACUGUGGUUCAAAGUGUGCCAAGCCAAUACGUACUGACAUUAACCACUGCCUUUUGCUUACGAUCAAACAUUUGUAUUCGCUGUAAUUUUGUGUAUAAAGUAAAGAUACGGUUGCUGUCAGUUUUUAAGUUUAAAUGUCUAUUUUAUUUUUUUUUUACCCUUGGAUGUAAUGAUGCUAUCUGAGCAUAAGUUUCAAUGUACUUGGGCUUUGCUCUGUCUACAUGGAAUAAAACUUUUACAUAUACAGUACUGUGAAAAAAUAUUGGCCCUAUUCUCAAAUUCUUAUAUUUUUGCAGUUUCACCACUUUAAAAUUAUUAAACAUAUCUAAAUAUCUGACAAAUUGAACCUAUUCACUUAAGUAUUUAAAAAAAUUGUUUCAUUUAUUAAAGGAAAAAAAUUCUGUUAUCUGGCCCUGUGGAAAAAGUAUUGUCCCCCUCCCCUCUUGUCAAAUAAUGAAUUGUUAAUCACGGUUUUUGGUUAAUUUUCACAGAUUACCUCCAAACCUCUUCAAUCAAAAAAUCAUUUAAACAAUCUGACAUGACAAAAUCAAGUUGGACAAAAGAUCUAAAACUACCUGUAACAAAAUAACACUAUCCAAAGAAAUUCCCACACAGUUGAGAAAUAAAGUACUUAACAUCUGUCAGUCUGGAAAGUUUUACAAAAAAUAUUUCCAGAGCUUUGGAAUUCCAGCAAACUAUAGGGAAAGCCAUUGUUCUCACAUGGAGAAAACAUGGUACAGUAGGGAACCUUCCACAAGAGUGGUGAGCCUACAAAGAUUAUCCCAAGAGAACAGCUUUGAUGCAUCCAGGAAGCCAGUAAGGAAUUCGUGACAAGUUCUUAAGAACUGCAGGCCUCCCUUGGUACAGUUAAACUCUGUUUUCAUGACACAAUAAGGAAGAGACUGGGCAAAAAUUGCUUCCAUGCCAGAGUUCCACGGUUAAAAUCACUGUUGACCAAAAGAACAUAGUUGUCUUAUUGGAAAAAAAAAAACAAAAGUUUCCCAUGAAUUAUUGGAAAAUGUUUGGAAUAACAGGAUAAAAAUGAAGCUUUUUGAAAUGUGUGUGUCUCAUUACAUCUUGCAUAAAUGUAGCAAAACAUUUCAGGAAAAAAAAACCUCAUACCGACCAGUCAAAUAUGGUGCUAGUGUGAUGGUCUUGGGGUGCUUUUCUCCUUGAGGACUUGGGACAACCAGAAGGAGAAUGUUCAGCCAUCAGUGUGGGACCUUAAGAUGAAGCGCACUUGUAUUCUGGAGUAGGUGAACGAUCCAAAACACACCAGCAAGUCAACUUCUGAAUGGCUUAAAAAGAAAAAAAACAAAAGGGCGGGGGGGAGGGGGGGGGGUUAAAACAAUUCUGUGAGGAAAAGUGGGCCCAAAUAUUUCCACCCACGGAGAUGUCAAAGAUUAAUCGCCCGUUAUAUAAAAUGUUUGAUUUCAGUUGUUCCUGCUGAGGACGGCCCCACUGGUUAUCAGGUUUAGGGGAUUGUUAUUUUUAAUGUUUUUUACACAGGGCAAGGUGACUGAUUUUUUUUUCCCUUUAGUUAAAUCUUUUAAAAAGAGCAUUUUAAGCUUUCUUGGCUUGCAUUUGUUUAAAGAUCUUAAACAUUAAAGUUAGGAAACUGCAAAAAUAUAAGAAUUGCAGAAUUGGGACAGUAUUUUUCAGGGCAUAUGUGAUUAAAUGUAACUCAGCAAAUUUAAAUGCUACGGGGCACUUUUUGAAAUCAUCAACAAGCUUCUGGCAUAAUACGAGCUUGACGUCUGACAACUGUUCUUUGCAAAAUUGGUCGGGUUAAUUUUAAUCGGUUGGUGUCCUCGAACUAGGAUUGAGAAUUGAUGAGAAUUUAGUGAUUUCAUUGGUUUUUGAUCAAAUUCUGUAUUGUUCUGGUCAUGGUGAUUGUGAAGGAGUGAGGGAAAGAAAAAUAAAGAAAAUGGGUUUGUUUGCUUAA